UAUUUGACUACCUAGGACUACAACUUGUUCACCUCCUAGUACAUGCACGUGAGAAAAAGUGCCUGUAUAUGCGAUGAUACUGUCUAGCGUGCCAACAUCGACCUAAACUCCCUGCUCAUGCCCAAGCCAACUGCUUCACGAAAGGUUAUAACCAAACUAUGCAGACGCACAAUGUCCCCCGUCUAUCCGCAAGUCCGCUCCGGUCAUGAGGCUACUUCCAGGACCCAGAAGAAACACUAUGGCUGCCUUGAAGUCUUCCGGCGCUCCCAGACGCCCCAGAAGCGCCCCGGCCAUCCAUGUCUUUUCGACUUCAGGUUCGGCUUGAAGGAGGGCAUCAGUCAUGGCGGUACGGAUAUACUAUCUCAGAUUAGUGAUUGGUCAAAUGGGUGCAGAAAUGAAACAAGACAACUUACACCAGGCGACAAGGUGUUGACUCGAAUGCCGUACUGACCCCAUUCUUGGGCGACGGAGCGGCACAUUUGUUGAACAGCUGCUUUGCUGGAGUUGUACGCGGUGCAGGUAAGACCCUGGUUGGAGCACGUUAGCCGUCUUUCCGUUUCUCAGGAAAGUCCACCACCAGGUUGGCUUACCCUGUUCGCGAUGUUGCCGGACAUGGAAGCAAUGAGCACGAUGCUUCCGCCCGUACCAUUCUCAACCAUGGUCCUGGCAGCGUGUUUUGCUGUCAAGAAAGCGCCAGUAACGUUGACCCGCAACAUUCGCUCGAAGUCUUCUGCAGGAUAGUCCAAGGCCGGCACUUUCUGUUGAAUGCCUGCGCAUGCCACAGUUCCCCUUAAAGGAGCGUUGAGUGCCUGUGCUUUCUUAUUCACCUCUUUAAACACGUUUGCCAGCUCCCCCUCUUUGGUGAUGUCACAUCGAUGGUACGUUACUGAGAGCCCUGAUUGCUUUGCCAGUUUUCCCAAGCCAGCCCACUCCUCUUUGGACGGCUCCGGUAAGACAUCUAGGCAAGCGACAUUCCCUCCAGCCUCGAGAAUAGCUCUGGCAAAAGUGAUCCCGAGACCUCUCCCGGCACCAGUGACUACCGUGGUCGUAUCGGCUAACGAGAAUAGCUGUCCGACGGGUUUAUUGGCUGAGGUCUGUCGUGUCUCUGGGACAGCGCUGGGCAGUGUCGCGUCGCUGACAGCUGAGCCAGCAAGAAUCCCCGGCGCCAUUGGAGAGGGGUUGUUUGAGAGAGUUACUGGUAGUAGUGGUUAUUCAAAGAGCGUGCGCUUUGUCGUGCUUCAGGCCUGGCGAUUCCCGGCAGCGCGGGCUUAUUUGGGUAUUUUAUUGCUACGCGUGUCCGGCAUCGUCGGCCAUGCUUCAGCCGGGCCCCGUACAGGGCUGCUGUCGGACCAUGCACAAAUGUCCUCGAGCCAUUGCUCAUGCGAGUCAAACGCUGGCCCACAGCCAGAGCGCGCUUCUGAACAAGAAUUCGUUUAUGCGCUCCAACCCUCCAACCCUCCACUGCGGGGAUGAUAUGGACAUAAGCACAGGGCACGGCUCAAAGAUCCGUUGAAAGCAGUCCGAAGCGCCAUCGCGGCAGCGUAGUCCGAAUCAGGAAACCAGAAGCGCAAGAUUGAUUCAUUCAAUAAUGGAGCCUCCUUUUUUUAAACAAGGCUUUGUGGCAUUUCCCCAUUCCAGGUCAUUUUCUUCUGAUAGCCAUGGUCACAGAAGUUGAGGCUGUGAUCCAGGCUUGAGGACAUUGUUAUUAUUGUCCAUCAUGCUACUAUGUCAGUUUGCACGCCACGUGCAAGGCCCAUCCAGUGGAGCAUUCUCACUUAGAUUCUCCAUUUAGUAGUGCCACAGAUUGCGCGGUCACCAGUGGCAUGACGCCAGAUUUUUCUGGUCAAGCCGGGCCCCUCGCUCUGGGACGACGGUGCUGUAUACGCAUGACGAGGCGCACAUAUCAUAAGCCGUGCAACUGAAGAUAACAUUGUAGGUGGCGAGCUAUCCACGUUUUGAAAAAUCCGAGUUCAAUCGCGUAAUUCAGCCAUGCAGACGAAACACUUCGUAAACGACGCCGACAAGCUGGUGGCAGCCGGCUUGCGGUCUUUGAUCAUUACCCGACCGGAACUGAGACUGGACGCAGAAAACAAGAUCAUCUACGCUCCCGAGCCCUGGCAUGGUUCCUCGAGGGUUUCGAUCAUCUCCGGUGGUGGUUCAGGGCACGAACCAUCAUUCACAGGCUUUGUCGGCGAUGGCUUCUUGUCAGCAAGCGUUGCCGGCACGGUAUUUGCAUCGCCGUCAUCGCGACAAGUCUUGACCGCGAUUGAGAAUGUCGAUGGAUCCAAAGGCGUGCUGGUCACCGUCAUGAACUAUACGGGCGACGUGCUGAAUUUUGGCGUGGCGCUCGAAAAAGCAAAGGCGCGCAAUCCGGGCUUGCAGAUUGAGAUGCUGGUGGUGGGCGACGACGUCGGCGUUCCCAGAAGUCGAGCGGGCAAGGUCGGACGGAGAGGUAUUGCCGGAACUGUUCUCGUCCACAAGGUCACUGGAGCAAUGGCCGCUGCCGGGUUUGAGCUUCAAGAUGUCGUCCGCGUCGGCCGUCUGGUGGCCGAAAACCUGGCGAGCAUCGGCGUCAGUCUUAGCCAUGUGCAUGUUCCUGGUAGACCACGGGGCGAGGCCACGGAAGGUUCCUUGGGUGCUGACGACGUCGAGGUCGGCAUGGGGAUUCAUAACGAAGCGGGCUGUGCGAGAAGGAGCGGCGCCGAGGCUGAGGCGUCCUCUGUGGUAGCUGAGAUGUUGCGCCAACUUCUUGACACGACGGAUUCGGAACGGAACUUUCUGCCGAAGCGGACAUCUGAAAUGGUGGUCUUGGUCAACAACCUCGGCGCCCUGAGUGUGCUCGAGUUGAGCGCCGUGGUGACCGAGGUGGUGGACCAGCUGCAACAACAGUACCGAAUCAAGCCGGUGCGAGUAUUCGCCGGGACGUUCAUGACCAGUCUGGACGGGCCGGGUUUCUCCAUCUCGCUGCUCAACAACGUCGAUACGGGCGUCAACAAGACUCUAUUGGAACUCCUUGACGCGCCCAGCAACGUGAGCGGCUGGCAAGUGCCGGCACGAGAAGAGGUAUCGUCCGGAAAGCGUGGAGCCGCCAGCACCACAUCACAGACCACCACGACAGGAGCUCAGCAAGAAUGUCUGCUCGAAGCCGAUCUGGAUCUUGCACAGCGAAGGCUGGCCAGUGGCUUGAAGGCAAUCGUUGCCGCUGAACCCGAAAUCACCAAGUACGACGACGUCGUGGGCGACGGAGACUGUGGCACAACGCUGAAGAGGGGCGCUGAAGCCGUCCUGAAGAGUCUGUCAACAUCGCCGCCCCAAAAUAUCAUUGCCCUGCUCGAUCAGGUCGCAGCCGCCGUCGAGGACACCAUGGACGGCACCUCGGGCGCACUGUACACUAUCUUCUUGAACAGUCUGACGCACUACUUCAAGCUCCAUGCCGGCGAGAAGACAACUGUCGACACGACGUUCUGGAGCAAGGCGCUGGAGUCGACGCUGACCGCAUUGACCAAGUAUACGCCCGCCCAGGUCGGUGAUCGCACUCUGAUGGAUGCCCUGCUGCCGUUUGCACAAUCGUUGCAAGCGACCGGCGAUUUCAAGCAAGCCUCACAAGCGGCCAAGGAAGGCGCUGCGAAGACGGCUGCUAUGCGUCCUGGCCUGGGACGUUCUGUGUACAUUGGUAAUGAGGAGACGUGGCUCGGCAAGAUCCCGGACCCCGGGGCCUGGGGUCUAAGCAAAUUCUUCGAGGGCCUGGCCCAGUAAUGAAGGCCAGUAUUUUGAAUAAAUCAUGUCUUAGCUUUCAGAGGUCUAGAAAAAGAUAAAAGUGCCUGACACCGACCGUUCCAUUCCCCAGGAUUUAUAGUUCGGAGCAGGCCAUAGCUUCUUGCGAUAUGCGCAUGACGAUGAUUUUGAACGCGAGGUAGUCUGGUAUGACAGUGUAUUCUUUCCGUAAGGCGGCUUCGGCUAGGGUACAUUUGACAGAAGUGGAGCGGUGCAGCAUAGAACAAAACAGGGUACAUCGACAGCCUCCGGUUUGGCAGUCUUUCGACAAGAAAAGAUCCUCACUCGCUCCGCCCCCGAACCAAGAACUGCCGCCUUAAAAGUAGGUUCCUCGCCUUGAGGAUCCAGGCGCGCACGGAAAGG